UGAAUAAGUAAUAGUCUUCAGCCUGUGCGGCGUCCGUUUGUGAGUUGUGGCGUCAUUCUUCAGCCAACAGAUUUUGUUCUCCACAGUUACACUCGAGAGAAGCUGAAAAUAGUAGAAUCCAAAACGACGUCGAUACAGUUGCACACGUGGCCGGUCACCUGUGCCCUCAGUUUCUUUUCCGGGCAUAUGGUUGAUUUCAGAAAAACUUUUGCGUUCUAUCUCUAGUAGAGGUUCAUAGGGGGUACAGACGAGGGCAGAGGUUUGGUUUAGUUGAUUUUUUAGUUAUUUUGUUGAAAUGGGGAAGAGUGACUCAUUCUUUUGGGUGGAAGAACAAACGAGGGAGGUUUAUAUUCCUGCUGGCUUGAAAAGAAAAGCUAGACCUAAGAAGUUGGAGUUUGUCGGGUGGGGAUCACGACCACUGAUUGAGUUUCUUGAAUCCAUUGAUGUAGAUACCAGCAAAAAGAUUUCUCAUUAUGAUUUGACCGACAUAGUUAAUAAAUAUGUUAAGGAUCACAACCUUCACCAUCCGACAAAAAAGAAGAGGAUCAUUUGUGACGACAAUAUCAUUUUACUUUUUGGAAGGAAAACCAUAGCCAAAAACAAAAUCUAUGAAAUGCUGGGAACUCACUUAGCUGAAAACCAAGAAGAGUCGGAGGAUGAUUUACUUUUUAGUUCAGAAGAAGAGGACAAUGCCAGUGAACGACAGAAGAAUGCGGCUUUUGAAAGAAAAAUUCACAGUAAGAAGAAGGUUUUAAAAGCUCCAAGAAGCUGCUUUGCUGCUAUAAUUCCUGAUAAUGUUAAACGUAUAUAUUUGAAAAGGAGUUUAGUCCAGAAUCUUCUCAAGGAACCUGAAGUAUUUGAAAGAAAAAUACUAGGAAGCUUUGUAAGAAUAAAAACAGACCCGCAUGACUACCUCCAGAAAAAUUCUCACAUGCUUGUCCAAGUAACAGGUUUAAAGAAAGCCUCUGAUUCUGAUGAUAAGAAUGCAGAAAUUACUCUUCAAGUUUCAAAUUUCAUGAAAGAUGUCAAUAUCUCCAUGCUUUCGGAUGAGAACUUCUCAAAGGAAGAAUGUGAGGAUUUGUGUCGGAGAAUAAAAGAUGGUUUAAUCAAGAAGCCAACUCUUGUGGAGUUGGAAGAGAAGGUUCAAGUCUUGCAUGAGGAUAUAACAAAUCAUUGGAUUGUCACAGAACUUGCUUUGCUGCAAAAAUUGAUUGAUCAAGCUAAUGAAAAGGGAUGGCGCAGAGAACUGUUUGAGUACCUUGAGAGGAGGCAGCUGUUGCAGACUCCAAAUGAGCAGAAGAGGUUAUUGUGUGAGGUCCCAGAAAUUAUUCCUGAGGAAAUAGAAGCUGAGGUGAUCCCGCAGGAAUUUCCAGAUAAUCUGAAUAAGGUAGAUGGUUCUCCUGAAUCAACCAUUAAAGUAGCUGGCGAAUCAACCAUGAAUGAAGUUGGUGAAUCAACCGUGAAUGCAGUUGGUGAAUCGACACUUAAUAGAGAUUUACCAACCCCUUGCGGAGAUAGGGAAUCGACACUCAACGGAGUUGUACCAACCCCCUGCGGAGUUGGGGAAUCGACACUCAAUGGAGUUUUACCAGGCCCCUGCGGAGUUGGGGAAUCAACACUCAAUGGAGUUUUACCAACCCCCUGCGGAGUUGGUGAAUUAAUCCUUAGUGAAGGUUCAGAUGUCCUUAAGUUUGAUGGAGCAACCAAUGGAAAUCAAUCAACUUGGAUAUCUUUUGGUGCAAAUUCAGUAGAGGAACAACCAGUCGCAUCAAGAAAACAAAAUAAUGGAAUGGAUUCCCCGCAUGAUGUUCUCUUUGAAGAACAGAAAAAGGAGCACCCAACAGAAAUUUGUUUUGAGAAUAACAGCAAAAUUGACCCUGUGGAAGUAGUACAAAAGAACUCUCAAGGCGUAAUAAAUAUGCAGGUGAUUGAUUUGAGCGAUGAUGAUGAAAAUGAAGAUUCAAGCGGCGAUGUUCAGAUUCUUGAUUACGAUGUUGGAAGCUUUAUGUGGUAUUACGCAGAUCCACAGGGAGAUGUGCAAGGUCCUUUCUCAGCUGCAUCCUUGAAACGGUGGAGUGAUGCUGACUAUUUUCCUCCUAGCUUCAAGGUUUGGAGGACGGGACAGAGCGAAAAGGAUGCUGUAUUAUUACGAGACAUUCUUCACCAUUGUUACCCGAUUAAUUUUUUAAAGUAAGAUUUUGGCGAUUUAUAGAUGUAAAAUGACUAAUGUACAGUUCUACAAAUAAAUUGGUCCAUUUUGCCAAGGCUAGUGAUAUAUUCUAAACAUUUGAACUGAA